AACCGUGUCAUAUCCCUGGGUUUUGGGAGCUUUCCAGACUGAGAUGACGUUAAAUGUUAAAUCGGGCUUUGCUCUUGUUGGAGCUGGACCUUUAACCCAGGUUUCAGCCGCCUGAGCCAAAGCGGAGCAGGGUAUGUGUGUUGGACCCCGGCUGGUUUCUAUAUUUAGUGUCCCACAGAGUUUUUCCUGCUCGGCCCCGCGAUGGCUCUGGCUUCUCCGGUGACAGUCCGGCCCGUCCUGGAGCUCAGUCGCCUCCAGAUCUGUCAAACCACCAACGACAACAGAGCCAGAUCUGGUCUUCCACAUUGGACUUCAUCAUUAGCGCCUGGACCUCCACCUUCAGCCAAAACACGCACUCUGGUUUUUUUUCUGCAUAGAGGCGGCGGGGGCCAUGCUGCCGGGAGUCUGUGGAUGAGAAAGUAUGUCGUCAGACUUCUACUCCAGAGAUGAUGAGGUGGAGAGGGGCUACGUGCCCCUGGACAUCGACAACGUCCACAUGCUGCUGCAGGUGGAACAGGAACAGAUCCAGAAGAGGACGUUCACCAACUGGGUCAACGCUCAGCUGGCGAAGAGGAGGCCGCCGUGCGCCAUCCUCGACCUCUUCAAUGAUUUCCGUGAUGGUUCCAGACUUUUGGACCUGCUGGAGGUGAUGAGCGGCCAACGCAUGAGCCGGGAGAGAGGCAGAGGAAUGUUUCAGCACAGGAGCAACAUAGAGAAAGCUCUUUCCUUCCUGAAGAAGAAAUCGAUCAAGCUCGUCAACAUAAACAUUCCUGACAUCCUCGAUGGGAAACCCUCCAUCAUCCUGGGCCUCAUCUGGACCAUCAUCCUCCAGUAUCACAUCGAGGAGCUGGCCAGUUGCCUGACGUUCGACUCCCGUCAGUCGUCCAUGGAGUCUCUGGCCAGUCUGGACACGCGCUCCAGCCUCUCGAGCCGCUCGGCCAGCAGCAGCCCCGUUCCUCGCCGGGCGUCGCCGCUUCACACCCGCUUCAGAGUUUCUGCCAAGAAGGCUCUGCUGCUCUGGGUCCGCGAGCAGUGCCACAAAGCCGGCUGUUCUAUAAAUGUGAAAGACUUUAAGGGCAGCUGGAGGAGCGGGGUGGUGUUCCUGGCCAUCCUCUACGCUCUGAGACCAGACCUGGUGGAUCUGUCCAAGGCCAGAAGCAGGAGCAACAAGCAGAACCUGCAGGAAGCGUUUCGCGUGGCAGAGAAGGAGCUGAGGAUCCCCAGGCUGCUGGAUCCCGACGAUGUGGACGUUCGAGACCCGGAUGAAAAGUCCAUCAUGACCUACGUGGCCCAGUUCCUGCAGUACUCCAGAGACCUGCCGGGGACGGACGAAGACAUGCAGACACAAUACCUGACUCCUCCUAAAAGUCCUUCUCCCAUCAACCUUCCUGUUCACUACACUCCUGCUAUUUCUGCUUCACCUCUUCGCCAGGUGACUCCUGAUCGUAAAGCUCAGGAGGUGACGUGCUGGUUGGUUCAGGCCUACGACGAACUGCUGGAGGGAUGGGACUCCACCGAGGGAGAGAGCUACUCAGAGAGAUACCACGUGUUUCAGACCUUCCUGGUUUCCUUCAGCGAGCAGCGACGUCCCAUCAUGCCUCUGCUGACGGCGAUGAGACGAACUCCAAAGCUGAGCGAGGAGCAGCGCGCCCUCAGGGAGGCGUGGGACGCCAUCACCGAGAAGAUGCGUGAAUAUAAAGUGGAGCUGGACAUGAGUCUUCCUGCCCCCUUGGACUCGGUGGCUCGCUGGCUGCUGAGGACAGAGGCGGCUCUGGCCGAGGAAGAGGGCGACCCCCAGGACCACGGCCGCGCUGCACAUCAAGCCAGAGAGAAGCAAGAGCAGCUCAAAGUUUGUCUGGAGGAGAUGGGGCAGCACCUGAAGACCUUCCAGUCCUUCCAGAACCAGGACGAGUACGGGAACACGAUGGUUCCUGCCGACAAGAUGAACGAGCUGAAGACCAGAUUCACGGGUGUGAGGGUGACCUCGAAGUACCACGGGAUCAAGCUGGAGUACCGGGAGCACCGGCACACGGUUCUGGAUCUGCUGGGGCAGAUCAGGACCAAGCUUCGUAUCUGGAAGAGGCCGUACAUCUCCCCAGAGGCUGUCAGGGUGCUGCUGCACGAAUGGAACGAGCUGGUAAACACACAGGAGCUCCCUUCAAUGUUGGAAGCAGCUCUUCGUAAACUGAAGCAGAUUUCAGAGAAAUAUUCGAGCAAGUCUGCCCUCGCUGCAGAUUACCAUAAAGUGAGUGAACAGGUGAAGCAGCUGGAGGAGGACAGCGCUGUGGUCGUGUCUGAGGUGACCACGGUGAAGGGCACCAUGGGGAGGGUCCUGUCUGCGUGGGACUCGUACAGCGACUGUCUCAGCUCCCUGCAGGCCUGGCUCGAACAGGGAGCUGCAACAUACAACCAUGACCACAGGCCACAGGUGACGCCCGAGGCCCUGGCUGAGUGGGGCUCUCGGCAGGCCCACCUGAACGAGGUCGGUACCUUCCUGAUCGAGUCCACGGAUCCUCAGACCAGCAGGAGCCUGAUGGAGGAGCUACGCAAAGUCAACCUGCACUGGACCGAGUUCGUCAGGAGGAACACGUUUGAAAGCCCAGCGGAGCCCAGAGAAGACGUUCACACCCAGGACCUCCAGGCUUUGAUCAGAGAAGCAACUCUGAUCUUUAAAGAGCCUCUGGAGGUGAUGGCAGGUCCUUUACGCACCUACAGGAAACGAUUACAGUUCCUAAUGAGGAAGAUAAAAGAAGUGGAUCUGGAGACUUUGGAACCUUCUCCCGAAUGCCCAGCGGAUCAGCUACACAAACUAAAGCUCGCAAUACCAGAAGUGAUCCAGACCGUGUUUGAAGCAGAACAGUUGUGUGCAGAGCUGCAGCACAGCGUCUCCGGCCUGGACAGUCGACUGGCCGAACUCCUUCACUGGGAGUCUGAGGCCCGGGAGCUUUAUCAGCUGCUGAGGGCCUCAGAUCGGCAACAAAAGAAACAGGGUCAGGACCCACGAGCCCGGGCCAUUAUUUCCCGUGGCCUACAGCUGGAGGGUCAGGUGGUCACUGAGGACCAGGACCUACAGGUGAUGGUGAUGACAAGUCAGAAGAGCUCUCCCCUCCAGUACCUCCAUGCCUCAGCCAUGCAGGACCGAGUGCGAGCGACUGUUGCUCAAUCACAGGAGGUUGUCGGUAUGCUGAGCAGCCUGGGUGCCAGAAGAGACAGAAGCCGAAGCCCUCCAGAAGCAACCCCACCUUCAAAAGUCUUUAUCCAGUCGAAAGCAAAGCCCCAACACCUGAGACAGUCAGACACCAGACAGACGACAUAUCAGACCGAGACAAAGUUAGUUUCACAUCACAGCAGUGAAACAUUCGUUCCCAAGAUAGUGGUGCAAGAAUACAGAGAAGAAAGGAAGACUUCUCCCCCGAUGCCGUAUACCUACGCUCAGGCUCUGAAAGGGACCAGGACAGAUUCACCACCAGAAGUCCAGACUCAAGCAUGGGCAGAGGCUGCUGCACAAAAACAACAGGAGACUCAUGAGCAAGAAGUAGUACAACGUGGACAUAGUAGAGAGUCCGAAAUUAAGCUAGGACAACAAAUAGAAGCAGGAUCCAAGCAAGGUCAACGAGAAGAAGUGCAACAGCAGGAGUUUACACAAUCACAACCACAGCAGCACAAGCAGGAACAUCAACAGAUUGAGCAGAAGCAGGUAGAAAAAGAGCAGCGGCAUCUGGUAACUAAUAUACAAGUUGAAACACAAAUUAAACAGAUAUCAGAGACCCAUGAGCAGACUUCAGCUCAGCAACCAGCAGUAACGAAAACAGCCCUGAGUUCACAGGAGCUUCAGAGCAGAAAGGCUCAGGCCAUGAGGAAUCGGCCCUGGCUUCAGAAAGCCCCCGUGGCCCAACAGAAAUCCCCAGCUAGGAGUCCUGAACCGAUUUCCACUGAGGAUCCGGUUCACUCUGGACAGAUGGGUUUCCAAUCAAAGAGAGAAUCAGUGGGAUCAGAUCAGAUCAUUUCACAACGUACAGCAACUGAGACACAAGCUGAAAUCGCAGUGCAGCCGCAACAGCAGCAAAGGGAGCAGCAAAAACAAACACAGCAACCUUUAAAUUUAGAGCCGCCUCAACGCCAACAGCAAAAGCAACAACAACAGCAACCUACUGUAAAACAAGUACAACCAGAUUCAGACACCAAGAAUAAAACACAGACUGUCCCUGUAGCUCAGCCUCACCCACAAACAAAGGCCCAAAGUCAGUCACGAUCCCAAACUAGAGUUAGUGAAAACCAGUCCCAGAUACAAGUUCUUCAACAGCCUCAUGGCCCGGUGAAGACCCAGCCAGUGACCCAGCCACAGACACAACCCCAGGCCCAGCUCCAGGUUCAGCCUCCUCCCCAAACAUAUGUCCCACCUGGUUCUCAGGCACCUUUGCAGCCACAGGGUCUAGCUCAUGGCCCGGCUGUAGCUCAAGUGCAGACAUGGCCUCCAGCCAGAACCCCUUCCCUAGCGCAGUCUCCACUUCCGGGCCAAAUCCAGCCUCCUGUGCCAUCCCACGUUCAGCUUCGCAGUCAUCCCCAGUCUUGGGCACCUGUCAGACCCCCCUCUCCUAAGCCACCAACACAGGCCCAGUCUCAAAUCCAUUCCCAACAAAUGGUUCAUCCUCAAAUGCACCCUCAGCUCAGCGCUCUGCCUCAGACUCACUCACAGUCAAUGGGCCAAGCUCAAAAUGUCCAGUCUGUAGCUCAGGCACAAACCCCUCCUCAGUUAAUUGCGUAUCCCCAAACCCACACCCAACCUGGGGUACAGGUUCAAACCCAUCCACAGCCAAAGGCCUACCCUCAAAGUCAUGCUCAGUCUAUGACUCAAUAUACCGCACAUGCUCAGCAACAAGUCCAUACUUCCCAGGGGCAACUACAAGCUUGGAGUCAGGUCAGGACCUCAUCCCCAAUGUCCAUCCAACAUCCACAGGCUCCCGCACAACCACAGCCUUACCCCCAGGGUUAUUCCCAGGCUCACUCUCCAUCCCAGCAGUGGACAGACAUACAAGAGCUACAGAAUCAGAGCAUUACCCAGCAGAGGCAUCCCUUCCCCCAACAGUACCCGCAGCAAGUGGUUCAAGCCCCACAUUCACAGGCGUAUCCAACCAUUCAGUGGAGCCAGCAAGGGCCUCAGAUUGGCCUCCAUGGAUAUUCCCAGAUGGGACAAUCCUAUAAUCAGACUCAAACUCAAACCCAACAGUGGGUUCAAACUCAGUCCCAAAUGAGACCCCAGAGUCCGAUGCAGCAACUCCCUCAGAUCAGAGGUUAUAACGUAGUGCAGACACAACAAGGUCAAGCUCAACAGCAACCUUGGGUCCAGGCACCGUCCCCGUCUUAUCAGUCUUUACAGAUUCAGCAUCAGAUCAAAACUCACCAUCAACCUCAGCCCCAGCUCCAGACUCAUCUCCCUCCCCAGGCCCAGCAACCACACCAAGCCCCUCCUCCUCAGCUUCCCUCACAGCCUCAGCCUCAUCUCCCUCCCCAGGCCCAACAACCACACCAAGCCCCUCCUCCUCAGCUUACCUCACAGCCCCCGUUCCAAACUCAGCAGUUUCAGUCCCAAACACAAAUCCAGGCUCAGCCACUGGCACAAGGAAAGCCUCACACCAAGAUGCAGCAGUCUAACAUUCAGUUACAGCCGCCCACCCACCAACCCAAAAAUCAGCCCCAGCUCCAGCCACAACCAACCGUUCAGCCACCAGCUCAGGUACAAGGGGAAUCACCUGCACCACUCAAACCUCUGCCCGUAUGGGCACCACAGGCAGAAGUUGAAUCAUCAGCUCAACCUAAAGUUCAGCCACCAGUUCAACAAAAGUUUCAACCAUUGCCACAGCCCGUACCGGAGCCCCAGUUUCCACCACAGUCCAUAUCUCCACCCAAACCCAAGGCCGAAGUCCCUCUACCACAACUCCAGGUGCAGACCCAAACGGCAUCGCAACCUGCUGCUCUGGCACCAACUAAACCCAAAGUUGAAUCACCACCUCAACAACCUAAGGUACAAUCCCAAACUGUAUCACAACCUUUAGCCCAAUUACCAACUAAACCCAAGGUUGAAUCACCGCCUCAACAACUCAAGGUCCAGACCCAAACGGCAUCGCAACAUGCUGCACAAUCACCUACUCAAACUAAAGCUCCGUCACCACCUCAACCGAGAGCCCAAUCCAUGUCGCAGCCCAAACCUCAGCCUCAGCCUCCGGUUCAGUCGCCACCACUACCCAAAGCCCAAACAGUGCCCCAGGCUAAAGCUCAAUCACCCCCACAGCCAAAACCUCAAACCCAACCUUCUCUGCAACCCAAACCCCAACAGCUCCAGACCAUCAUCCUUUCUCAGGUCAGUGUGUCACCUCAGGCCGAAUCACCAGACCUCUGCAUCACACCUCCGGCUCUGGCCCAGGCGCCCCCCCAGGCCUACACAGAGGCCUACAUAAAGGCCCAGGCUUUGGCCAGGAACGGCUUUGAGGAGGCGAAACACUGCCUGCAGGCGCACAUCCUGGAAGCCAUCACCGUCUUUAAAGACAAACGCAUAUCGGCCGAAGUGGUGUCAGUGAAGGAGGAGACUCUGAGGACCCUGGACCCGGAGUUGCUGGAGGAGUUCCUGAGAGCAGCUAAAGGCAUGGAGGCGUUUUGUACCUCGUCACAGCUCCGGGACAUGGAGUUCUUCACCCAGUCUGUCAGGACACAGUGGGAGGCUUGCUUCUCCGCAGACUUUGCAGAGGCAGGUGAGCACCUGGAGGCCUUGAAAGAGUUGUGUGACACGCUGAGCCCUGAGGACGCUCACCGUCUGGCUCAGACCCAGCUCAGGGAGUGUGAGAAGAGGCUGGCCGCCAUCCAGCACCAGUUCAGCGGAGACCAAGAAGCACCGCUCCCCGAGCCGAGGAUUACACUCGGCUUCAGUGAGGAUAUAACCGCACAAAAGGAACUGACAAAACCAAGCGACACACCUCAGGUCUCACCCGAGGAAAAAGUGAAGACGGUUUCUGUGGAGAGCAGAGAAGUUGUAAAGCAGCAGACGUCUGUGGAGGACGAAGUCUCCAAAAAGGAAGCAGUGGAAAGAUAUGAGAAUUAUAAAUGGACUCUUCAAGCCCAACUGGCCAAAAACGAACAGAGCAUCAAGGAUGUUCCCUCUGACUCGGUGUCUCUGAAAGGCCUGCACACACGACUCCAAGAAAUACAGUUCUUGCGUCAGGAGACCGAGUCUCUCUGGUCUGAAUACGCAAACCAGUGCUCCCAGUUGAGCAGGAACUCUUCGCUGGAGCAGGAGCGCACGGAGCUGCAGGAGCAGUGGCGUAGCCAGCAGUGCAGCCUUCAGAGGAGAGGCAGCUCGCUGGGCGCCGCCCUCAGACAGAUCGACUCCACCGAGAACCACAUGGUGGACUUCAGCGAGCGUCUGGACCGGUACCUGAGGCAGCCCAAAGACAUCACCGCCUUCACACUGGCCAACACCAACAUCCUGAAGGAGAUCAAGGAGCUGGAUGACAACAUUGAGAGUGAACUGGACCAGCUGUCCCGACUGGACCCUGAGUCCAGCGACCUGGACCCCAGAGAAUGUCUCCCUCUGAGCCGGGAGGUCGAGACCCACAGGACCAGCCUGGACCAGCUCCGGCAGCAGGUCCGCAAGAGCGAAGCGGCCGCUCGCGCCCUCGACAGGUUCCUCAUGUCGCUGCGCACCCUGGAUGAGGACGUCUCCGGGGUCCAAGGAGCCCCCUGCAGCGACGCCGUGGUACUGCAGGAGUCCCGCUCCAAGCUGGCCCUGAUCAGGCAGAGCAUCGACAGCCUGAAGGAGAAGGCGCCUCAGCUGGACGUGCUCCUGCAGGGAGCCCGGCUGACCAUCACCAGGGACGGAGCCCCGGCCUCCUGCCUGGACAUGGUGAGCGCCCUCCUGAAGAAGCUGGAGGAGGCGGACGGCGGGCUGGCCGGCCAGCAGAAGGGCCUCCACAAGGAGACCCAGAGCAGAUCCCUGGGCCUGAGGAAGAGGACGAUGCUGGGGGAGCUGAGGAAGCUGCAGGAUACGAUCGAGGCACAAGGCCUGAAAGAGCCGACCAUGCCCGCUGUUCAACACAGGCUUCGUGCUCUGUCAGAUUUGGAAGGUCAGCUUCAGACCCAGAGCUCUGAAAUUGAGAACCUCAGAGAACUUCAAGAGAAACAGAAUGGAGAUGAAAAUGUCCUCCAGGAGCUGGAGACUGAGUGGAGGAAGACUCAGAGAGCGUUUUUUGAUCGGAAGAAGCAGUGCAACGCUCUGUUGGACCUCCUCAAGAAGUUCCAGACCUGCCGCAGUCACCUGAGCAACGCCAUCCAGAGGGCAGAGCAGACCAUCGGGGAUCAGGCUUCUUACAUGGGCAAAGAGAACCUGCAGAGAAGCAUCACAAAGGUGGGUGACAUUAAGGAGGAGCUGGCGGGACUCGGGGAGCGGAUGGAGGAGAUGAAGAGCGUUUGCAGACAUCUGCAGUCCGAGCUGAAGAAGUUCCCAGACUGCAGCGAGACUUCCUUCGAGGCGGAGGCUCACACGCUGAUGGACAGCUGGCUGGACGUGACAGAGAAAACCGACGCCUACACGGAUAACCUCCGAGUCGGGCUGGAGCUGUGGGAGAAGCAGCUGAUGCUGGGAGGGGAGGUGGACGCCUGGGCCGGGGUCAAACUGGCCCUGUUUGCAGAGAGCCACCCCUUCAGCGACGAACAGCAAGUGCUCGCCAUGAGGGACGAGAUCAUUGCCAACGAGGAGAAUGUUGAACAUUUCCACAAGAAGUCUGUGGAGAUCCAGGAGAUGCUGCAGAGUCAGGAGGCUCCGCUGGAGCUGCAGGUGAUGGAAACCCAGCUGAGGAAGAGGAUGGAGCAGGUGAAGGAGUUGUUCACCGACUGCACAGACGUCUUCCAGGAGCUGAUGGCUGUGAAGAAACACCUGGCGGAGAAGAUGGAGGAGAGCCACACGGCCGUGGAGAACAUCCAGCGCUGCCUCACCAAGGUCGACGCCUCAGGGCCUAAAGUCGAAGCUCAGAUUCAGGAGCUGUGUGAUGAUCUGGAGGCGCAGGAGAAGCAGGCGGAGGCCGUGCUGAAGGAGGUGGGGUUGAUCUCCAGCGUGGCCAGUCCUCAGGUGCUGGAGGCGCUGACGGUCGACGGCAGCAGACUGAGAGAAGCCAUCUCACGCACCAAGGACAUGAUCCACCUGAAGAGAGAGGAGAGGGACAAAGGGCUGCUGAAAGUUAUCAAGGAUGAAAAGCUUUCAUUUGAGCAGUGGCUCCAGGACCUGCAGCUGGCCGUCAACGAGUGCUUCGAGAACCCUGAGAGCCGAGCAGACGUGGAGAUAUAUGUGCAGAGACUGACUGCGUUCUUAAAAGCUGAGGACGCAGAGCGACGCCUGGAGCAGCUGAAGGAUCAGCUGGAGAGAGGCGGCCAGCAGGUUCCUCCCCAGGAGCUGUCGGAGUUCAGCGACUGGCUGAGGGAGCAGCAGGAGGAGGUGGCCACCUUCAAAACACACUGUCGCAACAGGCAGAAGGAGAUGGAGUCGCUCCUCAGUGACCUGAACAGUCUGCAGAAGCAACACGACAGCUUCCGCGAGUGGCUUCAGAACAAAGAGAAACAGGCUGUGGUGUCAGAGAAAGUUAAACUGCUGCUUAAAGACCUUCAGGAUGAGAGCGUCCGAGUUGAGACCCUCAUCGAGCUGUUGGCGUCCGUUCGUAAACAAGGCGUCAGGUCUGAAAGUCUCCUGAAGGACAGCGACAACUUGAUCCAGCGAUACCGAAACCUGGAGGCUCGGCUCAGGAAACAGGCCGAGGUCCAGGUCGCUCUGGACGGAGAAUACGACGAGUUUAUUACCCAGGCAAAGAGCACCAGGACCUGGAUCAGUGACCUGCUGCAAGACCUCACCUCUCCGGGAAAGGACACCAAGACGGAGGAGAUCAAGACCAAAGCACAGACCGUCCUGAGCUCCAGAUCCGAGGGAGACUCCAAAGUGAACGACCUGAGGAGACGAAGCGAACGUCUGCGUGAGCAGGAGGAUGUGGAGGAGAGCAGGAGGCAGGAGGUGGAGAUGUCAUUUAGAGGCGUGGAGGACGAGUGGAGGACGGCGCUGCAGGCGGCCGAGGACGCUCUGAACGCUGCACAGACACAAGACCUGUUACACAAAGAGCUGCAUGAUUUCCAAACCCAGAACGAAAGCGUCCGGUCCUGGAUCAGAGACCACGAUAAGAACCUGACGUCUCCCGCUGGUCACAUGCACGUUGAAGAAAGGCUGCAGACUGCACGAGCUGCUCUGAGCUCGAGGUCGGACGGAGAAGCAAAGCUGCAGGAUCUGAAGCAACGGAGCCGGAGUCUGAGCGAUAACCAGGGUUUGGACGAGGACGGGAGACAGAAGGUCCAGGAAGCAGUGAGACAAACCGAGGAGGAGUGGAGGAAGGUGCUGCAGGCUGCAGAGGAGGCUCUGAACCAGGCCGAGACUGAAGCCGCCACCCAGAGGGACAUGGACGCCUUCAGAGGACAAAGUGAAAGCGUCCAGUCAUGGAUCAAAGAGCAGAAGCAGAAGCUGUUGGGCCUCGGUGGUCACAUGCACUUUGAGCAAAGGCUGCAGGCGGCACAGGUUGUUUUAAGUUCCAAACCCGAGGGCGAGUCCAAGCUGCUGGAGCUGCAGAGACGAGCGGAGAGUCUGUCUCAGGUCCUGGGGGGGGACAGGAGAGCGGAGGUGGAGCAGCUGCUGAAGCUCCCGGAGCAGCAGUGGAGGACGGUUUUGCAGACGGCCAGACAAGCGGAGCUCCGAGGCCUUUCAGACGACUUCGACUCUCAGAGUCAAAACACAGAGUCCUGGAUCAGAGACCGACGGCUGAAGCUCCAGUCGGUCGGGGGGCACUCGCCUCCCGGAGAGAGAUGCAGCGCAGCUCAGGCCGUCCUGGCCUCCAGGCCCGAGGGCGACCGCUUGGUGAACAACCUGAGGAGACGAGGCCAGAGUCUGUGCGACCACCAGGACGUGGACGAGGACAGGAAGGUCCAGGCUCAGCGGACGGUCGGAGACAUGGAGCAGCGCUGGAGGACGCUGCUGCAGGAGGCGCAGCAGACGGAGGCGGCAGCAGGAGCUCAGAUCGUCCAGGAGAUGGAGAGGAGGACGCUGGAGCUGAGAGACUUUGAUAACCAUGAGCAGGACACCGGCCGCUGGCUGGAAGACGUCCAACAUCGUCUGGAGUCUCUGAGCAGCCAAACCAGAGCGGAGGACAGACUCCGUGCUGCACAGUCCAUCAUGAGCUCUAAGCCUGAAGGAGACGUCCGGCUGCAGGAGCUCAGGAGACGAGGUCAGAGUUUGUGUGACCAGGAUCUAGAGGAACACAAGAAACACGAGAUUGAAGAGAAGCUGAGAGGCUGCGAGCAGCGAUGGAGUCGAGUCCUCGGAGACGCUAAGCGGAUCCUGUGUGACGCUGAGAGACGAUGCGCUCUGGACGAACAGCUGAGAGACUUCGAAGCCCUGAAGGAAAACACCAGAAUCUGGCUGGAGGAGAAGCAGCAGAGUCUGACGUCUGUGGACACGGACCCAGAACAGACCAUAAACACAGCACAGACCGUGUUGAGCUGCAAACCCGAGGGAGACGCUAAACUGGCAGAACUGAGACGACAGAGCCAGAGUCUCCGUGACAAGGACGACCUGGACGAGGACAAGAGACGAGAGGCUCAGCAGACGGUGGAAGACUCGGAGGAGACGUGGAGGACGGUCCUGCAGACGGCCGAGGACACUCUGAAGGAAGCUGAGGUCCAGUAUUUGCUCUCCAGGGAGCUGGAGGCUUUCAGGACCCACGCAGGGAGCACUAAGGCCUGGGUGGAAGGCCUGAAGGACCGGGCCGACUCCCGGGGGACAGGGACUCAGGGUGGACAGGCUCAGAUAGAGGACAGACUGAACACUGCAAAGUCCAUCCUGAGCUCCAAGUCCAACGGUGACGCUCAAGUGACGGAGAUGAAGAGACGAGCAAAGAGUCUCUGCGACCACAAGGAGCUGGACGAGGACAAGAAAGAGGAGGUUCAGUGGACAGUCAGAGACAUGGAGGAGCAGUGGAGGACGGUGUGGACGGACGCUCAGGAGACGCAGAGACGGCUGCAGGACGUCCUGGACCGUCUCCUGUCCUUUAAGAAGAACCAGAACCAGGCCGAGACCCGUCUGGCUGAGCUCCAGAAGCAGGCGUCCAACCUGCCGAGGGUCUUCCCCUGGCCGGGUCUGGGGGAGCGGAGACAGGCCGCGGAACAGGCCCGGACUCUUCUGGACCAGAUCACAGCCAUGGCCCCCGUCCUCUCCGACGUCCGCACACAGGCUGCAGAGCUGAUUGAAAUCAGUCAGGACCUGAGCUGGUCGGAUCCGUCCUGGGCAGACAAAGAAGAAUCCAUCCCUGCUCUGCUGAAGGAACUGACCGUGGCGGUGACGGACCUGGAGGACGGCAUCGCGACGGAGCGGCAGUGCACUCAGCUGGUGGAGCAGCACGAAGCCGCUCAGGACUGGCUGAGGGAGCAGGUUAAAAGUCUGGGACCUCCUCCUCCAGCAGAUAGACCGGCUCUGCUCAGCGCCGCCAACACCCUGAAGGCUCUGCUGCAGACAGUGGACAGGGAGCAGAGAGAGAUGAAGGAGCUGGACUCGGCCAGAGACCUGUUGCUGAGCCUCUGCACGGCCGGAGGCCGGGACUCCCUGACCCUGGAGGUCAGCCACCUCCACGAGCUGUGCUCCGUCUCCGAGCAGGAGGUGAGGCAGCGGCUGUCGGCCUGCGAGGCCCAGCUGGAGGAGCUGGACGGUCGGCUGGCCCGGAGAACCGCGGGGCUGAAGGACAGAGCUGCAGCUCUGCAGUGGGAGCUCCGGUCUCUGGACCAGGCGCUGAGUUACAGUGAACCGCAGAAUAACAUCGCUCAGCUUCAGCAGCACUGGCACAGCCUCCAGAACUGCGAGAAGUCUCUUGAAGGUCUGUCUGCGAAGGUUCAUGAUCUGCAACAGGAAGUCAAGUCGACAUCUCCCGUCAACGAGCUGCCGGCAGAAAUUAUCAGCACGGUUGAAUCUUUGUGUCAGCAGCACGCCAGCCUGAAGUCCAGGCUGAGUGAGCACCAGAGUACAUGCUCUACAAACGCAGCCAGCUACAUGAUGGAUUGUAUUCGUGCUCUGCAGCAAUGGAACCACAGUAAACCAUCAGAGUCAGUUUCAUCUUUGCAGGUGACAUUAGAGGAAGGUGAAAAGUUGCAGAUGAACCUGCAGGAGGCGCUCUCACACCAGCAGUUUCUCAAAGCUUGUCUGUCACCGGACUUCUUUGAGAAACUGGAGAAAGAGGGUUCAGAGACACUUAGAGAAGCAGAUGAACAUAAAACUGCUCUAAAUCAGAGCUUGAAGGACCUUGAUGAAAUGAAUAAACAAAACCUACCAGACAUCCUUCUUGGUAAUUCGGAGGAGACAAAGACCUCCGUUGUGAUCGCGCCACCACGAAAAGCCAAGCGCACGUUUGAGCAAACAACUCAAGAUAAACUGCAGCAAAACAUUUCUGUAACCGACGAAUCAGUUGAAGGUGAAACAUCGGUUUCGGUUGAGGAGAUGCGAGAUGAGCCUAAAACUGAAACGCCUGCUGUGACUGCAUUCAUGGAAGACGUAAAACCUGCUCCCGAAUCUGUUAUAUCACAAAGUUACAGCGUUUCUCAAGAUAUCCCAGAAGACACUAUCGUGCACCAUGAGGUCAGUGACGAGUCUGUAUCUGUUGUCAGUGUGGAAACUACACCUGUACCAUCCAGGAGAAAGCCCAAGACCUCAACCACUGAAAUAAAGGUGGAGACCGUUACUACUGAAGUGGAAGAAAGACAAGAGAUAACGGCCACUGUUACAGAUAAACCAGAGCCACUCUCUUCUGUCCCAUCAACAACCGAUGUUCCAGUUGAACUCUGUUCUGGAGAACAAUCUAAAAUGUUUGUGGAAGAAACUAAAGUUACAGAAGAAACAACUAGAAGAGAGUCACAAAGCAGUGACCUGUCUGCAACUGACGAGGCUGUUGUGAGCAGUGUUGGAUCACCUGAUGUUGAUCUUGAACAAGUCAAGACUGAAACUGUCUCAACCCCAGGACGAACUCCUGUGGCAAAACCAAAGCUUUCACCAACAGUAAGAAAGUCAAAGGCUCUGAAAACAUCCCCACAGCUUGAUAUCAGGAGUUUGACAAAAGCUGAGAAAGGUCCUUACAGUCAGACAUUAGCUUCAACCCCAGAGACGGUCACAACAACUGAGAUUACUGUUGAGGAAAAGGCAAAGCUAUCGCCACCUAAACGAAUGUCAAAGGGUCUGAAAGCAUCCCCUAAACUCACGACCAAGGUUGUGACAGACGUCAGAAAAGCACCUAUCAGACAGAAGUCUUUGGAGGAAACUGAAGCCGUUGGUUUGAAGGAAACAAAGCUCAUACCAGUCAGGAGGAAGUCGAAAACUUUGGAUGUUUCCACAGCUCCAGAGCCAGUAACAGCUGUUGUUGUGGAGAAAGCAAAGCUUUCACCACCCAAAAGAACGUCAAAGGGUCUGAAAGCUUCCCCAGAACUCACUGCCAAAGUUGUUACAGAAAUCAGAAAAGAACCUACGAAACAGAAGUCUUUGGAGGAAGCUGAAGCUCUCAGUUUGAAGGAAACAAAGCUCAUACCAGUCAGGAGGAAGUCGAAAACUUUGGAUGUUUCCACAGCUCCAAAGCCGGUAACUACUUUUGCGGAAAAAGGAAAGAUUUCACCACCCAAAAGAACGUCAAAGGGUCUGAAAACGUCCCCAGAACUUAUUACCAAGGGCAUAGAAAAGCCUGACAGUCAGAAACCAUCUCCAGAACUUGCUGCUCCAAAUGUUCCUCCUGAAGUUCCUCAGAAAGAGGAAAUAUGUGACAUGGAAAAGUCUGAUAGUCAGACCGAAGCUGCUGCAGUAAAAGACGCUGAGGUUAUGUCGGACAUCAGUAAGAUAAAUGAAGGAAAACCUUCUUCAAACGCAGACAAGGUCACAAGAUCAACUGGGAUUACUGUUGAAGAAAAAGGAAAACUUUCACCAACAAAAAGAAGAACAAAGGAUCUGAAAUCUUCCCCCAAAGUAGCUUCCAAGGCUGUGACACAAAUCACGAAACAGUCUGGGAGAAAGAAGUCCUUAGAGGAAACUGAACCUGUCGUUUCAAAGGAAACAAAGCUCAUACCAACCAGGAGGAAGUCAAAAAGUUUGGAUGUUUCCACAGCUCUAGAGCCAGUGUCUGCUAUUGGUGAGACUAUUGAGGUGAAACCAAAUGAAGACACUUCCUCAACUGCACAGGCUGUUGCUGUAACUGCUGUUGAAGAAGGUCAGCUUUUGCCUGCAAACACUUCUCAGGAACUUUCUCAGAAGGAGGAUACACUGGAAAUAUCCAACAGUCAGUCCGUCGCUGAAGUUUCUAAGGUCAUAACAAUCAGAAGGAUGUUGAACGAAGGCCCUGAUGGCGAGAAGACAACUUCAACGCCAGAUAUGGUCACAAUAACUACGGAGAUUACUGUUGAGGAAAAAGUUAAACUUUCACCACCCAAAAGAAAGUCAAAGGAUCUGAAAGCUUCCCCAGAGUCUGCUUUUGAAGCUGUGACAGAAAUCACAAGCGAACCUGGGAGGCGGAAGUCUUUAGAGGAAAGAGAAGUUGUCAUAUCACAAGAAACAAAGCUCAUACCAACCAGGAGAAAGUCAAAAAGUUUAGAUAGUUCCACUGGUUUAGAGACAGUGACUGUCCCAGGGGAAACUAAGGAAUUGGAGCCUGAAGACAUGGGGAAAGAAACUCCUUCAACCCCAGUCACUCAAUCAACUGAGGUGCCUGUUGAGGCAAAACCUUCUCCACCCAAAAGAACGUCAAAGGAUCUGAAACCUUCUCCAGAACUUGCUAACAAGAUUGUGACAGAGACCAGAGAAGAACCAGGCAGAAUGGAGUCCUCAGAGGAAACUAUGGAGGCAGUCACUGCAACUACUGCCCUAGAGGAAGUUACAGUAUCAGCUGAUAUCUCUGUGGGCACCAAGGGUGUAGAAGAGCCUGACAGUCAGAUACCGUCUCCAGAAUCUCCUCCUCUUGAAGUUCCUCUGAAGGAGGAAGUACGUGAUGUGGAAAAGCCCCUAACUCAGAUCCAUGAGGCUGCUGCAGUAGAACAAACUAAGGUUAUAUCAGACAUCAGUACGACAAAUGAAGUUCCUGACAGUCAGGAGUCCUCUUCAACCCCAGACAAUGUCACUGAAUUAACUGAGAUUAAUGUUGUGGAAAAAAUAAAUGAGAUCACAAAGGAGUCUGAAGCCGUCGUUUCACAAGAAACAAAGCUCAUAACGGAUGUUUCCACAGCUGUGGAGACAUUCUCUGCCACUGGUGAGAAUAAUGAGUUGGAGCCUAAAGAAGCAAGAAGAGAAUCUGGAAGUGAAACGGCUCCAUCAGCUGCAGAGGCCGUCACUGUGACUCCUGUUGUGGAAGAAGGUCAAUUUUUACCAACCACAAGAAAGACAAAGAGUCUAAAAGAUUCUCCAGAACCUGACAGCCAGUUAACUUCCCCAGAAAAUUCUACUGCAAAAGUUUCUGCAGAGGACAGUCAGAAGCCAUCAGAAAUAGUCACUGUAUCAACUGAAAUUACUGAAAAAGGAAAACUUUCACCUCCGAAGAGAAAGUCAAAGGGUCUAAAAACUUCCCCAGAUGUUUCCACCACAGACUUGACUGGUGCUGAGAAACUCUCUGAAUCAGUGACGCCCAGAGAACAAACUGGAGUUCCUGACUUGGAAAAAACAGAACUUGUGCAACUCAAGAGGGAGUCAAAGAGUCUUGUGACAUGUGAGGAAAGUGAGACAGAAACUCAAAGUGGAAAACCAGCUGUAAGUGCACUGGUGAUCACAGCAACAACUGAGACUAGUGUUGUCGACUCUGUUCAGUUUUCAGCAACUGAAAGAGAGUCGAAGAGUCUGGAGGCUUCUCGAGAAGUCGACAUCAAGGGCCAGAUUCCUGACACAUCGGAAGAGUUUGGACUUACAUCUGGUCCCUGUAAAGUAGAUAUUUCACCUAAAUUAUCUAAACCUUCUGAAUUGGAGAUGCAGGAGCCUGAAAAGACCCCAGAACAAACCGUGGUCCAGUCCACAGUGGCUCAAACAAAGCCAUCGCUCUCUUCUGCCACUACAGAAGCUCCAAAUGUUGCAGAAUACAUUGACAAGUUAUGGGAAAACACACCAGAUUCAAAUGAGAUUCAGAAGAGAUAUUUGGUCCUUAAUCUUUCUGAUGUUGGAGUCAACAAAUCAGACGGAGAACUAUUGGAAACCAUUCAGGGACGACUCAAAGAUGAUCAGCACAAUGUCACAUCUGAGAGCCUGGGUGAAAAGUCAACUGACAGAGAGGAAACACCUCAAGAACAACUACAAGAGGUUAAAGAUUAUCUCCAAGAAGAGCAAACUGACGUGUCGGCACAUGGCGUUCAAGAUUCCUCAAACAUCCAGGGUAAUGAGCCUGCAGUGUGCACUCAAGAACUAGAUAAACCACCCGUCCUAGAGGAGAAUGAAAACAAAUCUGUCAAAUUAGCAAAUGAGUCAAAGAUUUUUGAAACCAGUAUCCAGAGCGAAACUGUGCAAGAAAUCAGUGGUGAACUUCGAUCCAGUGAGACUCAAAGAGACUCUGCUCAGGCUCUGGCUUCCAAACCUCUGCCACAUCCUGAAGCUGAGGCGGGAUAUUUAGAAAUAACCUUAUAUCAGCAGGAUAUCAUGAAAUCAAGCCAAACUGAGACUGAGCUCUUACAAAAUACACAAGAGAAACAGGUCAAGGAAUACAGUGUUCUCCCAGAACACCAGCCUCCACUGAUGACACAUGAAAAGCCUGUCAUGAUGGAGAAAAUACACUUGGGGCCUGAGGUGAGAAUUCUACAACUCGAUAUACAAGCCAGUCCAGAAGAAGAUGAAACCAUGAGGGCAGAGGAGACAAGCCAUCAAAUAAGCAUUCAAACCAGAACGGAGACAGAACAGGUGACUGUUGAUAUAAUGCAAGAAAAAGCAGCACCUGAGACGACUACGAUGAAGCUUCAAGAAAGUAAAACUGAACGUCAAGAUGAUGCUGCUCCGAGUGACUCCGCUCAACCCACCUCUCUUAUUUCCGGAUUAAUACAAUCGCACGACACAAAGUUUAUAGAAAUAAGUUUCCAUGAUCAAGAUGUUGUAAAACCAGGCCAGAAGUCUGUUAUGGAGGACAAAGUCCAGAUGGAGCCUGAAGUGAGAAUCCUACAACUGGAUGUACAAACCAGUCCAGAGGAGCAAGACGACACUUGGGCCACAAUAGCAAUGGAGAAAAGAUUAGAAAUUGUCCGGGGUGAAGAAGUGACCCAAACUUCAGAAACCAAAGAUCAGACUGACGUUUUGACUGAGAACCUUGAAAAGCAAGAAAGUGUUGCUUCCACUGAACCUGAAGCCACAGUUUUUGCAGCAGUGCAACCAAAUGAAGAGACUUUGUUUUCAGAAAUAAGCUUAUUAGAGCGGGACACGUGUGAUCAACCCGGCAGCCUGGAUGAAAAGUCUGUUACAGUGGAGAAAAUCCAGAUGGAGCCUGAAGUGAGAAUCCUACAACUAGACAUACAAACCACUCCCGAGGAGCACGGAGACACUUCUGCCACUGUAACACAAGAGCCAAGAUUAGAAAUCGUUCCUACGAGUAUCCAGGGUGAAGGAGUGACACAAACACCAGAGAACAAAGAUGCAGGUACAGAUAUAUCCCACUCAGAGGAAGCUGCACCAGAGACACCACAAGUUGGAGAAGAAACCGUCAAUGAAAAGCUAGAGAAUGUGGCUCAGAGCGACUCUGCUGAACAUGAAUCUGCUGUAUUUGCAGCAGAGCACCCAAGAGACAAAGAGGCAUUUACAGAAAUAAGCUUAUCUGAGCAAGACACUGUGAAACCAGAAAUGGUGACUGCGCUAGACGUCUCAGACAGCAGACAGGAUCUAAGUAAAGAGGCGAAGGAUGAUGGCCUGAAAGACAAACAGACAAGUCCAGAAGAGGGACAAGACGUCUCUGUCAGGAUGGAAAAAGAGGCAUUUACAGAAAUAAGCUUAUCUGAGCAAGACACUGUAAAACCAGAAACAGUGAUCGAGGUAGAGGUCUUCAAAUCAACACCUGUCGAGGUCAAGGAUGAAAUGAAGGUGGUGUCCUCUCCACAGAAGGUGAAACCAGAUACACAAGUCACCGAACUCACGUCAGUUUCACUAGAAAAGGCACCAAGAGUUGAUACAGAUCCAACAUCCAGUAUCCAGGGUGAAAAGGUGUCAGAAACCCAGGUCCUUCACUCAGAAGAGACUGUUGAAAUACGCUCAUCUGAACAAAGCCAAACCUGCAAAACCACAGCAGAAACACCCGAAGAGGUCAAGGAUCCUGCAGUGUUGACUCGUGACAUUCAUGAUGCACCAGACAGUUUGGAUGAAAAGCGUGUUACAAAGACUGAAACUAACAUCAGUGUCCGUGAAUACGAAACUGUCACAACAGAAAAGGAACCGGAGGUAGAAUCGAGUACAAAAAGCAAAGAUGUGACUGUCGUUAACGUUGAGUCUGACAAACCUGAGGCCGAGACGACUAAUGUGCAAGAAACCGAUGCAACGGUAAAGACAGAACAACGAAAGGAGGAGAAGAUGAUUCAGGGAGAGGAAAAGAUCGUCAGCAUAGAAAAACCUCUCCCAACGAUCAUAACCACCACCACCACCAGUGAAGUCAGGCUUCACAGUGGGAGUUUAUCACAGGAGCAGGUGUUCAGCCUUCCUCCAGCAUCACUGCAGGCGGCUCGGAAAUCAUCCCCUGACACGAUCACGGGUGAGGUAACACGUUUGGAAGGAUCCUCCCCUCAGGGCGCAGAACGAGGUGAUGCUGAGACUGAGAAACCAGCUCUGGAGGAACCUGAAGGAUCUGUUAUCAGGAACAUCUUUACUGAGAUACAGCUACUGGCAGGAACAGGACCCAACACUCAGCUCAUCGAGGGUAAACCGACAGAAGAUUCUCUGGACUCUCUGAUUACUACCACCGGUGAUUUGAAUGGUCGUCUGUGCAGACUCGUGUCUGAUAUCCUGAGUUGCAAGAAUCGCCCUGUUGUGCUCAAUCCAGCAGCUAUGGCCCUGCAGGUGGAGGAUGUUCAGGAGUGCAGAGCAGUUGCCCAGGAACAGAUGUCACUGGUCUCCCAGCUGAGAGGAGCUGACGCCCACAACAGGGAUGCUCUGGAGUAUUUGGAGGACCAGUGGAGCACCGCUGCUCAGGAUGCAGCUGCUAUCAUCCAGAACAAAGAGGCCCUGCUGCUGCUGGUGACCGACUACUGCAGACAGGUCCAAGCAUCCAGGAGCACACUGAACAGUCAGAUGGCAGAACUGGAUGCUGUGAACACGUCACCGAAGGAGAGCAGCUCCAAGGAGGCAGAGCGGCUGUUUUCCCUUCAGAGAAGUCUGGAGGAGGACCGGACCGUCCUCGGCGAGUUGCUUGAGAUCCAUACCAAGUUGUGUCCCCACCUGAGUCGGUCGGGCCGAUCAACCGCAAAGAGUGAGCUGAAGAAACUACAAGAAAAGUGGAGUGCCCUGGAAAGAAGCGUGGGCAGGAAGCUCCAUCACGCAAACACUCAUUCUCAGAAGAUCAGCAGCCUCCUGUCAGAGUUAUCAGGUCUGCAUGAAGACUUGGAAAAAAUCAGCAAAGACCUCGAAGCGAAGUCUCCUUCAGGGACUCGGUGGAGUUGCAAGAAGGCGCAGCUGCUGAUGGAGGCGAACGCGGAGGUUAAAGCCUCCCAGCAACGAUUCCUUAACUUACAGCAGCUAUCAGAGGAGUUGCUUCUCAACUCAAUGUGGGAAACGGACACAAAGGAGAUAAACGAGGGACUCCAGAAGGUUAAAGACAAACUUAACAGCACAGAGGAGCAAGUGUCCUCCCAAACCCAGAGCAGCAGCAACCUCAUCAUGGAGAAAAUCGUCGUGGUGAUGAGGGACGGCUUUGCCUGGGCCAAGCAGACAGAGAGCGACAUCGAGGGCCGGAGGAAGAGAGUGGCUCUCCUCCCGGAGGAGGUUCACCGGCAGAUCAGAGACCUGAGGAAGCUGCAGUCUGAGGUGAUGAGCAAACAGGGGCAGCUGGAGUCACUGGUGGAGGAGGUGACCGAGUUCCUUCCACAGCUGGACCAGGCUGAAGAGGUUCCCAUGGUGCACACGUCUCUAGGAUGCCUCGAAGAACUCUCAAUGUCCACCGCUGACAAACUGUCCAGGGCUGUGAAGGAGAUCGAGUCGGGACUGCAGACCAGAGAGAAGCUCUCGGAGCAGAUUGCUGACCUCGACUCCUGGAUUGUGGUCCACCUGCAGAGGGAGGCGUCCAGGGGUGCAGACAGCGAACUCAGGAGCUCCACCGAACUCGAUCGCAGACUUCGUCACAUCCAAGAGACCUUGUCUGAGGCGGAGAAGCAGGCCGCCGUCUGUGAGACUCUCUUAACGAAGAGUAAAGACAUCGCCUCUGAACUCAGUGUCACAGAAAACUGUCAGCUGUUUGAAAAGCUCACCGACCUCCAGCAGGACAUUAGAGCUAUUACCAGCUAUGAGAAGGACAACAAAAAAGAGUUGGAAGAACUCAUCCAGACUGUAGAUUCAAGCAAGAGACACCUGGUCACCGUUGAAAAGAGCCUGAGGCAGUUGUUGGUGGAUCUGAGCCGGUACAGGUUCCCCAUUACGAGAGAGUCCCUUCAAGCUUUGGAGCCUUUUAAACACAUGAUCCUGGAGCACAAGUCCCAGGUCGACCUUCUGCAGCCCUGGAUUCCCCAGGGAAAGACCAAAGAGCUGAACUCAGUCAUUUCCGAUCUCCACAGAACGAUGGUUUCCCUAGAAACGAAAGCCAAAGAUCACGAGAGGUACCUGAACAUGAGGCAGUGUGUGGAGGACCUCAGGGAGAACGUUAAGGAGCAGGUUCUCCAGACCAAGCAAGACAGCAGGGACCUGGAAGAGAAGUACAAGAUCUGUCUGAGCCUCCUCGUCCAGUUUCCUCUGAUUAAGGGAAUGAUUGACGAGGCCUACUUCAAACUUCAGGCCGUCUCCGGUGACCUCUACCCGUCACAGCUGACCGCCGAGCAACAGAGACUCAAACAGAACGAGAAGAACCUCGACACCUGGGAGAUGACGCUCUACAACGACCUCAGCAUCAUCGAGCGGGACGUCCUCAAGGAGCUGGACCUCGAGUCGGAGAAGAAGGACGCUCAGUUCUUCCUCUUGAGAACCCAGCAAGAGCUUCAGAGAGUUCCCGAGAUAGAACCGAAUGAAGCGAUGGUUAACAAAGAAUACAAGAGAGUCGUGUUUUUGAAGAAGACCGUGGAGUUGAGAAUGAGAGCGCUGGAGGCUCUGGAGCAAAAGAAAGGAAGGAAACUAAGAAGUAGAUUUCAAGAUCUGACAAACCUGAAGAAAGCAGUUCUCAGUGAAUGUGACUCACAAAUGGCAAAAGCAGCUCAGUUCCUGAGGGACAUCGAGGUGUCUCUGCUGCCGCCGCAUGGAUCGGCCGGACUCUGCUGUGAUUCCCUGGAGGACACCCAACAGGCCCUGGCCCUGGUGCAGCAGCAGUUCCAGAACUACGUGGUGAAGCUCCAGGACUACGUCGCUCUGCAUCCUUACCUGUCGCCUCAGAAGGCGGAGCAGCUCCUGGAGAAUAUUCUGAGCCAGCUCCUGGUGAGGAUGUCCACUCUCCAAGCGCAGGGCCACGUACGACUGGAGCGACUCUGCAGGUGUGCAGAACAGUACAUAACUUACACCGAGUACCAGGAUGAGAUCGUCCAGAGUUUGGAGCGAGCAGAGAACCGACUCCUCCAGUGUGUCUCUCAGAAACCCACCUGUCUGGACGACUGUGCCGAGCAGGAGGAAGAGCUCAGAGCUCUGUGUGAGGAGGAGGUGGAGGUGCUGCUGAGGCGCCUGGAGGAGCUGAGGGAGUGGUGCCCGGAGCAGAGCUGUGCUGGAGCCAGGGAGUCCUCGGUGGCUGGAGUCUGGAGGCGGGUGUUAAGAUUACAUCGCUGCACGCCGGAGCUGAAGGCACGAAGCAAACACAGAAUCCUAGAGUGGAGCCACAUCUCAAAGAGCGUGGAGGAAGCCUCUGUGGUUCUGGGGCAGGUGGAGGCUGAGCUUCCCUGUGGCUCCAGCUCCGUUAAGGCCUCCACCGAGGAGCUGCAGGACCUGCUGCACUCCUGGGAACAGUACCAGGACAGACUGGACUGCGAACACCGAGCCCUCUCUGCUCUGGAGCUGCGCGCCGCCAGGUUACUGAGUGUCCCCGCCCACCUGGAGCAGGCUCCGCCCAUCCCCAUGUGUCAGCAGCUGCAGGCGAUGCAGGACCAGUACUGCAGUGUGAAGCAGAGGAGCAGGGAGGGUUUGCUGGCAGCCAGGCUGGAGCUGGAGGAGCGGGAGAAGAUCCGGGAGGAGCUGCAGGAGGUCCGGGUUUGGCUGGAGGCUGCAGAUGUUCUCCUGGUGGAGAUGGAGCAGAGCGGCAGCACCAAGCAGCUGCAGGAAGUCCACAGUCAGCUGUGCUCCCAGAAGGCUUUGCUGCGGCGCAUCAUGGAGGACGUGAAGAAGAAAUACUCAGACGUGUACACGCCAGUUCCAGUCGACAUCGACGGCCAAGUGAAGGAAGUCACUAAGUCAAUGCACCAAGUAGAAGCGAAGGUCGGGGCGGCCGUGGAGAAGAGCGGCCCGGUCCACAGGCUCGGAGCAAAGCUGUCUGAGAUCCAGGCCGGACUCACAUCGGUCCAGAGCAGACUGGAACAGAGGAGCCCCAGCGUGAUCGAAGCAAAGUUCACACAGAAGCGAGUGUGGGACGAGCUGGACGUGUGGCACUCCAGCCUGGCGGCUCUGGAGGUGGACAUGCAGGACCUGGAGAAUCCCGAGGAGACGCUGGUCCUCGCAGACAGACUGGUGGAGGUCCAGCAGCUCCACUCUCUCCUGGCCAAACAGGCGGAGCAGAGGACCACGCUCCUCAGCAAGAUUCACUCGUGGCUCCAGGAGCAUCAGGAGAUGAUUAAAAGCUCUAAGAGCUGGAUGGUGGAGGCUCAGUCGUGGCUCUCUGCUCCCUGCAGCUACACCAGCGCUAAAUGUCUGAGCAGCCACGUCCACGCUCUGCAGAUGGUGCUGGGCGACUCGGCCCAGAUCCGAAACACUCUGCAGGGCUUCAGCUCCGUCCUGAAGGAAAUGUCGCAGGUUUAUGACAUCACAGCUCUGCAGGAGCAGCUGCUGGAAGCCGAUCGGCAGGUGGCCGAGGUUCAGGACGGCUUCACGGCUCCUCUGUCUCAGCUGGAACACGCUGCUGCUGAGGUGGAGGCCAUCGAGAGUGAGGUGAAGCGGAUGGAGGCUGAUGUGGCUGAACUGAAGAACUUACUGGCUUCUCCAGAGACUUUCCCCAGCCCCCGAGAGGACAGGUUAAAGGAGGUUGAGCAGAGGAUCCAGUCGAUGAGGAGGACGGUGGCUGAGAUCCAGAAGUGUAAACCAGGUCUUUGUCUUCCAGACAGAGCAGAGGAGACUCUGACCGUCUUCAGUGUCGUAGACCAGCUCCAGACUCUGCUGCUGGAACUGGAAAAGAAAGUACCAGCUUUGUUCAUCCAGUUGCCUCCGACUCCUGUUCAAGUUAAAUCUCUGUCGGACAAAAAGACGACGUCACGGGUCCAGAAAUCUAGUUCUGAGGAGGCUGAGAAGAGCGAACUGGGUCAGAUCAGAAUAGUCCACGUAGAGGAGGACGUUCUGAGGAGGUCUGGGGCCACGCUGAUGACUGUGGAGCCGUCCUCACCUGAGCAGAGACAGAAAACUGAGAGCGUCCAGCAGCAGCAGGAGCCUCCAGGUGAGCUCCGGGCUCAAGGAGCCGGGGAGGAGCAGAGAAUGGACCAAGGUGGAGGAGGAGGAGCAGGUCUUAUGUGGUGGCUCUGGGAUGCUUUCCUGAGCAUUUCACCAGAGGAGCCUCCGGUCGUCUCAGGAGAGUCUGAAGCUGCCGUCGGACAAAGCUCAGUCCGAGAUGAACAGGACGACACCAAGGAAGCAAGUCCAUCAGAAGCUUUAUCAAAACCCCUGGGCACAGUCACGACUCAGUCCCAGUCAGAGAGCAUGGUAAAAACAUCCUCCUCCACAUCCAGCUCUGGCUCCCAGCAGAAAUGUGUAGUCUCCGAAGUGGUUUCUGCCACAGGUGGGUGGAGCUUUGCGAGGGAAAAGAAAGAGCAGACACGGAGAGAUAACCGGGCAAACUGGACCAGAGAGACAGACAGAGAGACGUUUACUCAGACCAGUUUCAGAGCCGCCCUCCUCGUCUCUCCUCCACCUGUGACCCUGGAGCAGAGACGCUCAGCCAGGUGUGUUGUGUUUGUGUCCCAGGGGUCGGAGGAGCCCCGCCCCCGACCAGGAGCCCUCAAUGUGUGUCUGGAGAGGGUCGGUCAGCUGGAGCUGUGGCUGCAGGAAGCCCAGAGGAGCCGAGCCCGGUCCUCCACCUCCUCCACCACCACCAUGCAGGACAGCGUGGAGCAGCAACUCCUCAUCUGCCAGGAGAUGUUUCUGGAGAUCGAGGAGAAGGUUUCCGGUCUCUCGGCGCUGGGUCCGGUCUCCAGCCUCCAGAACGAAGCGGAGCCCGUCGGGUCCCAGCAGGAGGCGGCCGAGCUUCUCGCCUCCAAACUGGAGCUUCUGAAGUCCAACCUGGUUUCCUUCCAGCAGCUUCUGCAGGACAAACAGGAAGAGGAACGGAGCACGAGCCAAUCAGAGCCACCGGAGCAGACAGAGCGCCACCCUGAGUCCAAGCUGAGGCGCAGCAGCAGCGUUCAGGAGAUUUUCUCCUCUCCCAGAAACAAGCUGCUGAGACAGAGCAGCAUGCAGCAGCAGAAGGAGCUGGAGCAGGAGCUGACGGAGCAGAGAGGACUGACCCAGGCCAUCGCCAGGCAGGGCAGCAGAGCCCGAGUCCCCAGGCAGCAGGAGCAGGAGGAGGAGGAGGAGGAGGAGGACCAGGACCCGCUGUUACCGAGCUCGUCCUCUGGUCCUGAUGUCGACCAGGACUCGACUCAGAGGAAGUGGAACCGUCUUCACGGCCGACUGAUGUCUCUGGAGGAGAGACAGCAGCGUCCUGCCUCCCAGGUGACAGACUCCUCUGAUGGAACAGCUGGAAGUCUGAUUGCUACAAAAAGCCUGAAAGAGCUGCAGAGCCUCGUCCUCCGUCUGAGGGAGCUGGGCCUCCUCCUGGAGCAGGUGUCCUCUGAGCCGAGCUCCCUCCAGACCCUGGAUGAGGGUUUGUUUCACGUGUUGCAUGGAGCGUCUCUGUCUCUGUCCUCCAUCAUGGACCUGAUGCUGUCUCCUGUCCAGACGUCAGAGGGAGGAGACGCUCAGCUGGAGCUGCUGCAGAUACAGACUCUCUCAGCGGAGACGACGUCCUUCAGCAGUGAGCUGGCGUCCCAGGCGUCCAAGGCCAGUCGUGUCCUGGGCUCACAGGACGUCCAGCGUUGUGUGGACGUCCUCUCCAGACUCGUCCCCUCGGUCCAGGACGCGCUGACGUCCAGGGAGAAGCAGCUGAAGGACGGACGGGAGGACACGGCUCAGAGACAGGCUGGAGCUCAGGUGCAGGAGUCUCUGCAGCAGCAGGUGGAGCAGGUGAACUCCCUCCUGGAGGAGGCCGACCGCCACCACCUCCCUGCCUCCGUGCUCCAGCAGGCGUCACAGCUGCAGGUGGAGCUGGACGCUGCUCUGGGUGGAGUUCGUUCCCACCGCGAGAAGCUGAAGAGCAUCGAGGAGCUGGAGCAGCUGCACCAACGGCUGCUCCACAGCCUGCAGGAGCUGCUGCGUCUGGGCCGCGAACGCCUCCAUCAGCGGCCUGUCGUGGAGCUGCCCAGCGGGGGCCAGCUCCACGACGGGGCCCAGCUCCACGACAGGGCCCAGCUCCACCACAGGGCCCAGCUCCACCACAGGGCCCAGCUCCAGCAGCAGCUCUGCAGACAUACGAAGUUCUUCCAGUUCCUGGGCCAUCACUUCUCGGUCCUGCAGUACCUGACUGACAGAGUCCCGGCCGGCGCCCUCCAGAGGCCGGGGGCAGCGGUGACGGGGCUGCAGGACGAGGUGGACCAGCUGCAGCAGGACGCUCUGGACGAAGGGACCAGGAUGGAGGAGAUAUUAGAGGUGUGGACGCGGUGGGACGAGGACAGCUCCUGGUUGGACUCCCUGCUGAGACGCGUCGAGGCCUCGUCUCCGAAGGCGAACGACGAGCGUCUCUCAGAGAAGCUUCUCGUCUACAAGGAUCUCCGGAGCCUCCUGGAGGAGAACGUGGCUCGGUUCAGUCGGAUGCUGGAGGCCGGGCGUCGGCUCCAGGCCGAGGGCUGCAGAGGAGUGUCCACCUCUGAACACGAAUCCCGCUGGAGAUGUUUGUACGAGAGGCUGGAGCGAGAACGCAGAGACCUGGAGAAGAAGAGGAAGCUGAGGAGCAGGUUCCUUCAUGACUCUGCUGCUCUGCUCAUCUGGACGUCUGGAGCCAAGCAGCUGAUGGACGAAUGGACUCAGCUCUCGGUCAACGAGGAGUCGGACGCUGAGCAAAGACGGGAGCUUUUCCUCCGGUCUGUGGCUUUGACCAAAGAGUUGGAGGUCAGAUCUGGUCUGAAGGGGGCGCUGGUCGGAGCGGCUGCACGGCUGAGUCAGCUGAGGGAGGAGGGAAGAGAGCCCCCCCCCCCAGACCCAGACCAGUGCCCCAUCAACACCCAGCUCAGACGGGUGGAGCUGGACUGGUCCAGGCUGCAGAGAGAUGUGCACGCCACCCGAGGAGCUCUGCACAAGCGGUGGAUGCAGGUGUUGACCCAGCAGGGGGCGCUGCAGGAGUUGCAGGUCUGGCUUGAAGCUGCUGAGUCUGAGCUGGAGGAGCAUCGCAGCAAGAUGGACCAGACGUCCUGCAGCAACUCUGAUCUGUCCCAGCUCAUAAACCACCACAAGGCGUGUCAGACGGAGAUGUCGGCCCAUCAGACCACACUGGACUACGUCAACCAGCCUCUACAGACAAACGAUACCGAGGAAGACCAGAGGGGGCGCUACGAGCUGAACCGGUUUGCAGAGGAUCAGGGUCGUCUGAACCACCGGUGGCUCCGUCUGCAGGAGGAACUCAACACUGAGAUCCAGGAGGCGGAGCAGCAGCUCAGGCUCAGAGUGGACCGGGUCGCCCGACUGCAGCACAUCAACACCUGGAUCUCAGACCAGAACCUGUGGAUGGACUCGGCUCAGAACCCCAGGAGCCGGACGGAGCUGCAGAGGAGCCUGGACUCCAGCCGGGAGCUGGAGGAGAAGAUCCGUCAGAAAUGUGCAGCUCUGCAGGAGCUCAGAGACGUUUGUGAGGGACGAGAAGACGCCAGCUGUGAUUUUAUGUCUCAGACUGAAACGUCCAUCCAGGCCUGUGCAGCUCUCACACAACAGAAUGAAUCGUUGAAGCUGAAGCUGGUCCAGACUCAGCAGCUCUGGGCCGACGUGGAGGAGAAACUGAAACAGAUGAAGCUGAGGACACUGAGGACGUCUCAGGCUCUGGAGUAUCUGUCCGUCCCUCCGCUCUGUCUUCAGGCUCAGAGACGACUCCAUGAAAAGCUUCAGCUUCUUCACCAGGAGAUGGAGGCGUCGGAGGCUGAGUGGGAUCAUCUGAGUCAAACUUCUCUGGCUCCUGAGGACGUGGACAGACAGAGGGAGAGCUGGGCCGAGGUACGAGGAGCCGUGAGCCGGCGCCUCCAGAGGAGUCAGGACGUCCUGCUGUCCUGGGACAUCUACGCCCGGCUGGCUGCAGACGUCUCAGAGCGACUGGAGACGCUGCAGAGAGACGUCACGUCAGCUCUAAGCGACGCACACGGACAACACAACAGUGUGGAGCAGGUCACCACCGAGAUACACAACGUUCAGAGUCUCUUGGAGAGGACGGACUCUCUGCAGCCCGGCCUGGAGGAUCUGCUGGAGGCCUCCAAGAACCUGACCGUCCUCCUGGAGCCUCCGGCCGUGGGCCUGGUCCAAUCAGAGAGUCGCUUGCUGUCGCGUGGCGUCGUGCAGCUCAGCCGGCAGCUUUCAGGGAGACUGACUCAUCUUCAGGAGGAGCUUAAGCUGCUGCAGGAGUUUGGAGACGAGCUGGAGUCACUGGAGGGAAGUCUGAGGGUUUGGGAGCAGCGUCUGGAGGACGGGGCUCAGACGGGAGACCAGUCUGGCCUCCUGCAGCUCAGCGGUCUGUCUGCUGACCUGGAUGUGCUGAACGAGCUGAGCCUCAGUCUGACGCUCGGCGACGCUGCAGCUCGACGUCUGCAACAUCUGAACCGGCGCUGGACGGACGCCUCCUCCAGAGCCCAGGAGGCCUGCAGUGAGCUGCAGACGGAGGCGUUGAGGCUGCAGACGUUCGAGCAGAAGUGUGAGAGCUGGAUGUCGUUCCUGCAGAGGAUGGAGGACGGUUUGGCCGUGGACGUGUCCGGCUCGUACCUCGGCCUCCGGCAGCAGCUCUGCACCCACAAGCGCUUUCAGGCCGAACUGUCCAUCGGACACCAGAUCCUCCACUCAGUCAUCACCGAAGCUCUGCACCUGCUGCAGAGAGGAGAGGUGGAGGACAGGAGCGACUUCGUCCUGAAGCUGGCCCAGCUCAGAGAGCACUGGCAGGGGGCGGUGCAGCGGGCCGACCAGCGGCGCUCCCUGGUGGAGGGGCUGGUGAAGCACUGGCACCUGUACAGCCGCAGCCUGAGGAAGCUGCAGAGGUUCCUGUCGGACGCCCAGAGCCUCGUGCCCCCGGCCGGGCCGUCCCGCUGCAGCCUGCAGCAGCUCCGACGCUCCCUGCACGACCUCCAGCACACGGAGCUGCUCUUCCAGAGGUACCAGAGCAGCUUCAUCCACACUCUGGAGGUCGGCCGGCAGCUCUUCUCCAUGGGGGACGAGGAGACGCAGACCCGGCUGCAGACGGACCUGGGGACGCUGCAGGAGGAGUGGGACAACCUGCACGGGCUCCUGGGCCGGAGGAUGGACCUGACCGAGGCCAUCAUCAAGAACUGGGAGCGCUGCCAGGCCGGUCUGGAGGACAGCGCCCUGCAGCUGAAGGAUGUGAAGACCAGACUCAACCAGUCGAUGCCAGAGAGCGACGAUGAGCUGCAGAGCGCCGAGAAAUUCACCAAGGAGAACGAGGACUCCCUGGAGGACUGGGCUGAGAGCCUGACGGAGCUGAGCACCAUGAAGACGGAUCUGUCCCAGUACGUCAUCGCCGACGACGUCCUCCUCCUGCAGGAGCAGGUGGAGCAUCUUCACUGCCAGUGGGAGGAACUCUGCCUGAAGGUGUCUCUGCGGAAACAGGAGAUCGCGGACCGCCUCAACGCCUGGAUCAUCUUCAACGAGAAGAACAAGGAGCUGUGCGAGUGGCUGACGCAGAUGGAGAACAAGGUGGCGCACAACUCCGACCUCAACAUCGAGGAAAUGGUGGAGAAGCUGAAGAAGGACUGCAUGGAGGAGAUCAACCUGUUCAGUGAGAACAAAACUCACCUGAAGCAGCUGGGACAGCAGCUGAUCACCGCCAGCAACAGGACGAAGGAGACGGAGAUCAACGACAAGCUGAAGGACGUCAACGACCGCUGGCAGCAUCUGUUCGACCACAUCGAGACCAGGGUGAGGAAGCUGAAGGAAACUCUGGUGACGGUUCAGCAGCUCGACAAGAACAUGAGCAACCUGAGGACGUGGCUGUCGCGCAUCGAGGCCGAGCUGGCGAAGCCGGUGGUUUACAGCGUCUGCCACAGCGACGAGAUCCAGAGGAAACUGGCCGAGCAGCAGGACCUGCAGCGGGACAUCGAGCAGCACACGGAGAGCGUGGCCUCGGUGCUGACGCUGUGCGACGUCCUGCUCCACGACGCCGACGCCUGCGGCAGCGACUCGGAGAACGACUCCAUCCAGCAGACGAGCCGGAGUCUGGACCGACGCUGGAGGAACAUCUGCGCCAUGUCCAUGGAGAGGAGGAUGAGGAUCGAGGAGACCUGGCGUCUCUGGUGCAAGUUCCUGGACGACUACUCUCGCUUUGAAGACUGGCUGAAGACGGCUGAGACGACGGCGUCCAGCCCCGACUCCUCCAACGUCCUCUACACCAGCGCCAAGGAGGAGCUCAAGAAGUUUGAGGCGUUUCAGCGGCAGGUUCACGAGCGUCUCACUCAGCUGGAGCUGGUCAACAAACAGUACCGACGUCUGGCCCGGGAGAACCGCACCGACGCCGCCAGCAAACUCAGAGUCAUGGUGCAUCAGGGGAACCAGCGGUGGGACGGGCUCCAGAGGAGGGUCAGCGCCGUUCUCCGGAGACUCAAGCACUUCACGUCCCAGAGAGAAGACUUCGAGGGAACUCGUGAGGGGAUCCUGGUCUGGCUGACGGAGAUGGACCUGCAGCUCACCAACGUGGAGCAUUUCUCCGAGAGCGACGUCGAGGACAAGAUGAGGCAGCUCAACGGCUUCCAGCAGGAGAUCACCCUGAACACCAACAAGAUCGACGGCCUCAUCGUGUUCGGGGAGAACCUGAUCCAGAAGAGCGCCCCCCUGGACGCCGUCCUGAUCGAGGACGAGCUGGAGGAGCUGCACUCGUACUGCCAGGAGGUGUUUGGGAGGGUGGCGCGUUUCCACCACCGCCUGGUGACCCGACGACCGGUUCUGGAGGAGGAGCCGGAGACGACAGAGGAGGAGGAGGAGGGAGUCCAGGCGGUGGGCGGAGCCUCGGCCGGACGACAGACCAUGUGCCACCUCCUGGCGCCGCCCCUGGAGCGCUCGGGCCGGGAGACGCCCGUCAGCGUGGACUCCAUCCCGCUGGAGUGGGACCACACGGUGGACGUGGGAGGAUCGUCCUCACACGAAGACGACGAGGACGCCUCCUUCUUCAGCGCCCUGUCAGUGAAGUCCAUGACCGACACGCCCAGCUGGCACCAGCCCGGCUCUCCGUCCCGGAAACGGGUCCCCCGAAAGAUGAUCCGAGGGCUGAGCUCGUCCCCUGAACACACCACCAGCGCCUCCUUCCACCCGCAGGGCUACGCCAAACUGAUGUCCGAGUGCUGCGGCAGCAUCGACAGCGUCAAGAGAGUGAAACUGAUCCUGAACGACAACGAGGAGGAGGAGGAGCUGGAGGACGAAGGUCUGACCUGCAGCAGCAACAAGCAGAGAGGAACAGGUGUGAUCGAGCGCUGGGAGCUGCUUCAGGCUCAGAGGUUCAGCAGCGACUCUGAGGUCCAGCAGGACCUGGAUCAGUGGCAGAAGCUCAACUCUGACCUCUGUGAUGUCACUUCCUGGCUGGGGAGGACGCUGCCGGAGCUGGAGCGUCUGCAGACCAUCGCACCGUCCGCCAGCGUCCGAGACGUCGAGGCCAACAUCCGGAAACUCAAGGACAUGCAGAGAUCCUUCAACAGCUACAAGUGUCUGAUGAUCUCCGUCAACCUGAGCAGCCGUCACUUCCUCCGGGGCGACAGCGCCGAGCUCAGGGAGCUGAGGGAGGCGCUCAGCUCGGCCAAUCACAGCUGGACGCAGGCGUGCGGCGGCCUGGGCCUCUGGGAGAGGAGGCUGCACUCGGGCCUCAUGCAGUGUCAGGAGUUUCACGAGACGCUGCACUCGCUGCUGCUGUGGCUCGCUCAGGCCGAGAACAGACUCUGCUCCGUGAACGAGUCCGGUCCGAACGAGGAUGAUAACAUGUCCCGUCCUCUCUGUCGCCCCCUGCAGGCUCUUCAGGACGACCUCCUGAGCCGCCGCCGGCAGGUUUCCUCCCUGCAGGAGAUCUCGUCCCAGCUCCUCCUGGAGGCCACGGGGGAGGAGAGUCUGGAGGCCAAGGAGAAGGUCCACGUCAUCGGCAACAAGCUGCAGCUCCUCCUGCGCCGGGUGGAGGCGGAGCUGCAGGGGAGACGGGGAACCAGCUCCACCGGCUCUGAGCUCAGCGCUGGUCUGGAAACACUCGGCUCAGCCGUGCGUCCCGAGGAGGACGUUGGUCGACAAGAAGCUACAGUCAGACAAGCAGCAGCGAGGAGGGGGGACAGGAGGGACCCCUCCCCACGCCGUCCCUUCUUCUACCGGGUCCUUCGAGCCGCCUUCCCCCUCCACCUGGUCUUCCUGGUGCUGCUGGUCGUGGCCUGUCUGGUCCCGCUUCCCGAGGAGGACUUCAGCUGCACCCUGUCCAACAACUUCGCCCGCUCCUUCUACCCGAUGCUGCGCUACACCAACGGGCCCCCGCCCACAUGAAGCCCCGCCCACAUGAACCCCGACAUAACCAAACCCUGGACAGCGUAAGAUUCAGAAGCACCUUCUCCCCCCCAGGAAAGAGCACCAGCCUCCACCUGAAUAUUUAAAAAUGUAUUUAUUUAUUUGUCUAAAUGAGAAGAAGCCAUAUCUGGUUUGAACUUUGUUUUUUGUUUUUUUUGUAAAUGUAGAUUUGACGUCUCGGCUGAAAAAAAGUAUUUUGAUAUCGAUGUUUUCUAUGAGCUGUGUUACUGGAGGGUGUCACCAGGGGGCGCAACAGGGGGGACACGUUAUUUAACCUGAAUCAAACUAAAUCAUCCUGGUUUGUCUCCGGCCUCACGGUGAAAGGAGCAUUUUCACCAGGGAUGAGGCGUUCACUGGCCAUUUUCUACACUGCAGCUAUUUUUACACAGAAGGAAACCACUUGUUAAUAACACACAUAUCAUUAUUAUUAUAUUAUUAUUAUUAUUAUUUUGUUUUUUUUUACAGAAAGACGUUUUCGGUGUUUUAACGCUCUGUGAGACGCAGACCUGCCUUUCUGUAGUUAAAUGUCCUUUUUAAUGAAUCUGUAUUUAUCAGCAAAACUACUGAGAAAAGAAGAAGAUAAAUUAUUGUUUGUGAGCGUGAAAUAAAAAGAACUGGAUGAAUCUUUUUUUUUUUUUGGCUCUCCAGAUAUUUUCCUAUGAACCUCGUCUCAGUUUAAAGCCGCUGUAACUAGACGAUAUUAAGAACGAACUGAGUCCGUGUGCAGCUUUAAAGCGAGUUUCGUAUCGAUGCACUAGAACUAAUCCAGAUUAAUGUGGAGGUUUGUGACUCACCGACUCUCGGCUCCUGCAGAUAAAACACAAACUGUUCACGUUGGAUCCACCUGAAGGAUUCUGGGCUGAAACAGUGAAUGUAGAACAAUCAGAACAAGGAGCAACAGACGUGUGUAAAGCUUGAUUUAUUUUGUGAUCCGGUAUAUUAUGGGAUGUAGAGAUGACUUGACAAUAAACUGGGUUUUGCCAUGA